AGUCAGACAGAGUCAGAUUCAAUGACGAAGGAAAACCUUUCCUUCGUCAUUGGUCAGAUUGCUUUCAAAAUAUUUCGUAAACUACAGAUAUGUAAGAAAAGAAUAUUAAUAUUCUCCCGCUUACACAAAAACAAGUAACCAAAUUAUUCGAAAAACACAAAAUGGAUUUUUCUGAAACCUCAUCAAUCAUGUCGACUAGCCCAGACGUUCUACAGACCUACUGCCUCUACGCCACUAUUCUGGCGCUGAAGCUCGUCAUGUUGAAGCCUCUAGCGACCUACGCGACCUGCCAUGCCGAUAAACUGGAGAGAUUCCAUUUCACUGGACUGAAAUAUAUCACUCCUUUUUGGGUGAUCGGUGCUUUGUACACCACUACAAAUCCUGACCCAGAAGUGGCCUUGCCUUUGUUUCGAGUGUUUGUUUUGGGCAGACUGGUGAUGUUGGCGGAUUGCCUGACCAAGGUACCUCGGGAGAUGAAGAGGCUGUCUUUCUUUAGCACAAUAGUGAUCACUGCAUUCAUGGGUGUUAAAGUGCUUAAUGCUUACAAGAGCGCUUUUUAAGUGGGCUGUUCACGUUUUGAAUGUUUUCGUUUUGGAGGUGAUAAAUAAACUUUAUUUAUGUAA